AUGUUGGUCUCCUUGAAAGAAUUAAAAUCAUAUGCAUCCCAACUUAAAACCCAUAAAGGUUGUCCUUCUAAAGAUAAUAAAAAUUUAAAUCUUAAUAGUUCAACUAUUUCUCUUGUUCCUUCUUCUUCUUUGGAAGUUGAUAAAGAUAUUAAUAAUAGUACUCCUGCUAAAAUUGAUGAUAACAUUUUACCUUUAUCUAUAACUCCUUCUGUGUUAACCCCUUUUGAAGAGUUAAGGCUUUAUACGUUUCAACUUAAAGCCCAAUUAGGAUGUUCCCUUAAUACUUCAGAUAGUUUAGAAAUUAAGUCUAAUAACUCAUCUAUUCUAGCACUAGCUAUAUUGCUGGAAAAA